CCUUCAAGCGCUCAGUGACCUCCAUCAGAGUACGAUGCUACUUGAUCGUUGUCCUCACCGGCGCUACUUACAAACGUUUGACUGUCGCGCCUCACGGUAUUUUACUUUGUACGUUUAAAGGAAUAGAGUUUUAAGUUCCGUAUGGUUUAUACAGUUUCAAUGGUUUUAUCUAGGAAAUCGUUCAGUGAUUAGUUCGCUGCGAAUGAGGCGGCGCUAACGUUUUUGUUUCAUAACUGAUGUUAUUUAGUGAUGAACCUAACUCAGAACACUAGCCCGACUCCUAAUAUGUGAACUUGGACUUCUUCCUUUACUACAAGUGGUAAUUUGGCAUGUAAGGGUUAAUUAUUCAGACCAAAGGUAUAAUAUAAUAUUUCACUGCUAUUUUAUUGCUUUCAAUUGUUUAUUGUAUGGCAGUUGGACAUCGAUUUUUAGUCGGAUGAUGAGUAGCCUAAGUUCGUAAGUAUAGUAUACUUGCUGUAUAUUAUGUCUGUUUUAGGAAGUCAUCGAAUCCUAAACAUCACAUGUGUCGAUUACAUGAUUUGAAUUGUUACUAAAUGAUAAAUACUGGUGGAGAUAUGCACGACAGUCCACGUGAAAUACGUAUUUUAACACUCGUUUGUUCGAAGUACACACAACUAAGACAUUUGAUAUAUUUUAGGCAUUAUACAUCGAAAAGCUGCCCAAACGGCGAGACUAUAAUUUAUGGACGAACCAAUCAGAUAUAAGAUAACGAGUCACGAAUCUGGGCACGAAAUUCAUCCAUACAUCUGGUCAAAUAGAGUUUUGGCAUUAUAGCUGAUGUUAGUUCGUGAUGAAAACCCUAAAUCUAGUUUUUAGCCCUAUCCAUCAACUUUAAAUAAGAAUCCUAACUGUUUUACAACCCUCAUUUAGUCCUAAUUAGUAGUUUUUCACUCUCGAGGUCACUUUAGCGUCGCUCAAAGGUUGUCCAUAAAUUACAGUCUCACCCUUCUGAUGUAAAUGGACUGGUCGUGCUAACCUGACAACUACCAGGUAAUUACGUGGAAUUUCGGUCUUGUAUCCUCUUGCCUACCUUAGUUAAAAGUUUCCAGAAACGUUGAGAGGUCCAUUGUCAACCAGUUGACUACUGUCUUUCUCGUUAGGUUUAACUUCGUCUUGACACUUCGCUAAGGUUCUAUUACCGGGUAUAAUCAAGUGGUUGUGGCCCUAUCAAAUCUAACACUAAUAAUGUGUUGGAGCCACUUAAUUCUUUUUACUGCUAUCCUUUUUCAAUGCUACUUCGGUCACUAUUUUGGGAUUAGUAGUGAUUCUUAGUAGAUUUAUAGUCUUCCUACUAACAACCUUGGACCAAGCGUCCGAAAUAUUCUGGUCUAAAAUAUCCUUUAUAGCCUUUACUGUACUAGUACUCAUCCAUCAACUAUAUGUAACUGCUGUGCUUCAUUAUAGCUUAUAACAGGCUGAGCAACUUUGUUAAGCAUGUAUAGAAAAAACAUCUGAUAGACCAUAGGGUUCCAUUCUUUAGACAAAAAAAUAUAUUGAUUCAAAUGUAAAUCGCGGUUUUUUUUAAUCAGUUCACCCUAGUCCAUUUAUCUGUUAAAACAGUUCAGCUAAAAACUCCGGUUAUGUGCUUUGAUAUUGUGGAGAACUUAAAGUGAUUAAGGUCAUGAAUAAAGAAAAGCAGUAAUAUUAAAAACUUUUUAGUAAUACGACCAAAAUAGAUGUUAGUUGAAGUCUGUCUGAUCCUUAUAGUAAAUCCUGUAGAGUGCUUCAUUUUGAUUUUCAUUAGCUUCUAUUCUGAGUUGUGCCAAACUCUGAUGUAUGAUCUCAAAGUCUCAGUCCUAUAUAUUUAUGAAGUCACUAACUUCUAGUCUGAGCCCUAUUGGUAGACUACUUGAUUGGGGUCCCCGUGACUAUCGUAACCAAUGAUUGGAGACUGUGUGACAUGGCUCAGAAUCGAUCACAAUGGCUUAGGUGUAUACACUUUCUGUCUUCCCUUAAACCAUCAGAUUAAAAUCGCUUUAUAUCUUUCCUUCUACGAACUAAUUCUUUCUUCCUGUACUUUGUCCUUAUAUGCAAUCUUUCUUUUAUAUAUUCCUACCACUGAAUUAACUACUAUGAAUCCGGUGUUCAUCUUGUCGUGUUAAUGAGGUGUGGUAACUUGAACUGAUGCACAUGUGCCUGGUCAUACGUCGUAGCUGACUGACUGACCUAUAUAUUUAUGUCAUAAUAGUACUAAGUUAAGAAAAUUAUUUACUUCCUCCAAAUUGCGCGAUUGGAAUCAUUUUCAUUCAAAAUAGUUGCUUUUUGUAUUACGAUUUUACACCGGAUUUCAAGAUAAAUGUAUUUUAGCUAACAGUUUCUGGCAUCUGCUGAAGGGAAACCUAACUAUCUUAACUGAGGUUUAAUGCAACAGGAUCGUCUUAUUGUAUUAUCUGUGCUACUCAUCCGCUCUAUUAAUGAGUUUGGUUACAUUCCCUAAGUGUAUGUCACUCAUUUUCACUGUUAUUAACACUGAGAACUGAUCAAACGCUAAAUAUUUUGCUAACUUGCACCACCAACAAGACUGUGUAGCACCAUUGUAGCAUUCUAUAAACAUAAGACAUAAUAUCUUCUUAAUUGAAGAAUGUUUUGCUAGCAUCUGACCAAUUAAUUCAUUUAAAAAUUGGUUUUUUUUGUCAGGAAGUCGGGACUUGUAGCCACUAUCGACUUUCACUUUUUAUGUAAUUAUUAAGAUUUUGUGCAUGCAUUUUACUACUGUUUUUUAGUUUUAGAUUGUCUAGUGUUCUUCACUAGUCCCUGAAACUUCUACUGUUGUCAGCCGAAUCGAAAAGUAUCUGUUGGAUUGUGUCAGAGGUCCCAUCUGCAUAUUACACAAAUAAAUGUUAAAUGGAUAAACUUUCAGACUCAGGUGUGGCAAAUUAGACUAGCACCUUUUUGUGUCAGGUUCUACUUUGGUUAUGAAUGACCUAGGUAAUCUCGUUUCAAUCAGCCAGCCAUAAGUUUAAACCCUGCCCUGCUUACUUCAAUUUGGGCAACCUAAACCUAAACGUCAACGUCUGAAGGGAAGCGCGGGAUACAAUGGACAUCUAAGAUGCAGUUGGAUGAUCUAGACUUCGCAGAUGAUCUGGCCCUUCUAUCCCAAACGCAACAACAGAUGCAGGAGAAGACGGACAGUGUGGCAGCAGCCUCAGCAGCAAUAGGUCUCAAUAUACACAAAGGGAAAAGCAGGAUUCUCCGAUACAACACAGAAUGCAUCAAUCCAAUCACAAUUGACGGAGAAGAUUUGGAAGAUGUAAAAACCUUUACAUAUUUGGGCAGCAUCAUUGAUGAACAGGGUGGAUCUGAUGCAGAUGUGAAGGCGCGGAUCAGCAAAGCAAGAGCAGCAUAUUUACAACUGAGGAACAUCUGGAACUCGAAGCAACUGUCAACCAACACCAAGGUCAGGAUUUUCAAUACAAAUGUCAAGACAGUUCUACUGUAUGGGGCAGAAACCUGGAGAACUACAAAAGCCAUCAUCCAGAAAAUACAGGUGUUUAUUAACAGUUGUCUACGCAAAAUACUUCAGAUCCGUUGGCCGGACACUAUUAGCAACAACGUACUGUGGGAGAGAACAAACCAGAUCCCAGCGGAGGAAGAAAUCAGGAAGAAGCGCUGGAAGUGGAUAGGACACACAUUGAGGAAAGCACCCAACUGCGUCACAAGACAAGCCCUCACAUGGAAUCCUGAAGGUCAAAGGAAAGGAGGAAGACCAAAGAACACAUUACGCCGAGAAAUGGAAAUAGACAUGAGAAAAAUGAACAAGAAUUGGAGGGAACUAGAAAAGAAGGCCCAGGACAGAGUGGGUUGGAGAAUGCUGGUCAGCGGCCUAUGCUCCAUUGGUAGUAACAGGCGUAAGUAAGUAAGUAAGUAAACCUUGCAGUUUAACUGAAAGCCAGGUACAUGAUAUUUCUGUCCAGCAUUUUAGCAAUUAAAUACACUAUUUAAUAUAAUUUAUCUAUACGUGACACUGUUGUUAUUUGUGUUCGUAUUUCUUGCUUAGUUUUCAUUCCAAAUAUUCAGUUGAUGUAGGGGUUUGGAAAGUAUCAUGUUCAUUUCUAUUUCAAGUUUGUAGUGGUACAAAGCUAUUGUUAUAUGAAAUUGAAUGUCCAAGUAGCCUGUUAAUUGAGCUGUACACUCUGAUUGAUAAAAGUGGAUUUCAGAACAAUAAUUAUUGAAAGUUUUACUAUUCAUAGUAGGGUCAACUAUUGAUAGUAUUUUACUUCCAAACUUGUUUGGAUUCAUUUUAUGAAUGCUUCCAAAUCAGACAAAAACUUUCAUUCUUCCUAUUUAGAAGAUGCAAAUGUCUCCAUUCGUUAUUUGCCGUAGUAUUAUGAUUCAGUCCGGAAGUGACCUAGGGAACUGAAUACAUUAGAUUUUCGUAAUCCCCCGAUUAUUCGAAAUUCACGGUUAUUAUGCACUAGCUUAUGUUGCUUUUGACUUAGUCUCGUAGUUCUAGUUUUUUUCCUAAGCUAUAUUUUAUUAAGCUUCACUGAUUAGUUCUAUCUCACUGAUUCAAAUUUACAUACCUGUGCUUAUGUUUCUCGUUUAUUCAUUGUUUUUGCGGGUCGUAAUUGCAUCACCUUUGCUAUUUUAAUUCAUAUAUAUGACAUAUAUCUUGCUUUACACCAGAUUAUCAAUGUCCCCAAUAAUUUACUAUUAUCCAUAAACUCUAAACUCAGCAUUUUAAAACGGGUCAUAUCUAUAGAGUGAAAACUGUAUUUCCGUUUUAUAAACAACAUUACUUACUGUUUUCACGUGAAGUUAAGGAACCAUUUUUGUGGAUUUUAAAAAGAAUGUCAAUUUUCGUCGUAUCUCAUGUAAUUGAAUUCCUAUGUACAAAUAACCACUACUUGAAAUCUGUGUUAAGUAUGUCCCAACAUAAAAGCACUCUCACAGGUUUAGUGAUGGAAUAUUUUUGUUGUGGAAUUCAGAAAACAUAGCCCUUAAAACCCUUUUCCUGUAUCACCGUUUUUUACCUCUUAGAAAAGCAUUUAAGUGUUUCUCGCUGAUCUGUUCAUAAUAUUGUCUUGUUUUGAUCAUCUUUUGGUGGUAGACGGGGUCCUCACAUUUAGAGUAGGUCUCCGAAAAACCUUUACUAUGAUAUCCUUCAGUCUUACUCAUUUAUAUACGUUCCCGAUUCUCUUCCCUUUCUAUGUUUAUCGUAAUAAGAUGUUAUUCAGUAUUCUGAUUGCUAUUGUUAAGUGUAAAUUGUAGAGUAGCACGUGAUUACUGUUAUUAAUUUCGUCCUCGGCAACUAGCACACUUGUUUUUGUGAGUGCUCGUUCAGUCAUCGUUUCCUCUCUAUUAAAGAUGCAUUAAAAAUGUAUAAAUAACUUUUGCUGGAAACUCAAAUGACAUACUACAUGGACGGACUUACAUCAUUAAAAAUAAUAAAUUAAUAAAUCCAAAGUUGCUUAUGCCGCUUUAUUGACAUCACAAAACUGAGUAGUUAUAAGAAACUUAAGUGUUUACUACAGUACGUAGAUUGAUUACUUACGACAAGUUAUUGAAUAGUGUGAACCUACACUAUCAGCAAAGAAUAAUCAAGUGGCACAGGAUAUUAUGUUACUUCUGAUCUCCAAAUCAAAAAUUACAGUUACCUUUACUGAGUUUACUUUUUAUUUGAUCUGCCAUUGUUUUAAAACUACACAUGCAAAGUAUGUUAGUACUUCCAAGCAAAAAACAUUUUGUUUUGGUUAUUUAUAACCGAACUUAAUCGCCCAUGUUAAUCAAUUUCUUCCUUAAAGUUCCCUUUUUCAAGAUAUGUUUCUUUUAUAGCUUCAGCGUGAUAUCAACAAAUUACAAACCGAUUACCACAAAGCCAUUGAAAAAGAAUUAGGUAACCUGGAUAUUGCUUAUCUCCGCAAAAUACAGGCAAAUUACUUUCAAUGUGGCUUAAAGUGCUGUGAAGAUCCUGAUGCCUCUAUUACUGAAGUGCAGCAUUGCGUAGAAAGGUGCGAAGUCCCGUUAAGUAAAGCACAUGAAAUAAUGCAAUCUGAGGUCUCCUCGUUCCAGGCAAGAUUACAACUGUGUGCUUCUGAGUGCGCCAAUCAAGCGCGGGACAAGUUACCUUCAAAUGCAACUGAGUCACAGCUAAAGAAUGCUCAACGUGAAAUACUAGCAUGUUCCCAAAAAUGCGUGGACAAUCAACUAUCAAAGGGGCUUCCAGCCCUUAUUAUUCGACUAAAAGAUCAAUUGCGAAAGUUGAAGCAAAAUCAAAUUCAUAUCGCAAAUUAGUUUGUGUAAUAUAAGUAAUAAAACUAAAAUCUUUUUAGCAAAUGAAUUGUAUAGACCAGUUUCUUCAUUUUUAAUGUCACAUACAAGCUUGAUGCUCGUGGAUAUUUUGCGGAAAAAGCUUUGUGACUUGUUUUCCUACUUCAACCUGAGUUUGUAGCAACUAGGUUUGGACGCGAAUCUAUAAAUACUAUGACAUUUUGCAAACCUAAGUGUGCUAAGGUUCAUUGAGCAAUAUUCAUUCAUGUAUCUCAAACAUGGGUCAGACAUUUUCGAAUUAUAGUUCAUCUAAAAAAUAUUAGUCAACCCUUAGGAUGUACUCAUGAAUGUAAGCUGAUUUUAAACAUUGAACUUCUUUUAUAUCCAGAGGUUAAAUUUGUAUAUCAAAACAUCAGUUAUCCGCGUCAUGCACUAAAACUAAGGUGAAAAUAUAUUGAGAAAGGAGACUUAAGCUGAAUUCACAAAAUUCUACGGUUGAUGAAUCAUUUGUUUCACUUCACUCAUGGCGAGACGUGAAAACCCAUAUCUUAUUUAUAUGGGUAAUUAUCUCAUUAUCUAAAUUUGCUUAUUUAUUGGUACAAGGGGGCACCAGAUACUUAUGCGCCACACAAUAAUGAGAAUGGGGACAGAUAAAGAAUGUAAGGUGCGCGUCAAAAAUGACAAUAACG